UCGGUGUUUAAUUGUUUCUGCCACUCUGCGAAUCUUGUAGAGACACGAUGGACGACGACGCGGACCUUUUCGAAGCGAACGAAAAUGAAGGUGAGAUUUUCUCCGACAACGACGCACCUGAUUACGACGACGACGCGGGUGAUGACGAAGCCAAUGGAGCUGCUCUAUCGAAAGUUCCGGCCAAGGUGAAGCACCAGAAGAAAAAGGUUACCAACCCACGGCACUCACUGAACGCGGCGAGGCUGUGCGGUCCGCGAGGUAUUAUCGCCAUACGAGAUCACUUCAAGGGUUUCAAGUUCCAUGGAAAGGGACACGAAGCGGCUGAUCUGAAUGAAAUCAUGCGCCGUUACGAGCACUGGGCGCAUCGGAUGUUCCCAAAGUACCACUUCGAUGACGUGAUUAAUACGGCCGAGCGUUUGGGCACCAAGAAAGAAGUGCAGGGUUACAUGAACCGCUACCGGUGUGGAUUGCUGGAUCAGGAGCUUGCCGAAGCUAGGGAUCGCGCGGACACCAGCGGUGAAGAUGCGGCCGAUCGUGGAGAUGAGGGAAAUCGCCUCAAUCAACCCCUCGAUCCACUGGACAGUAUGCUCGACGAACAGAUUGCCCUUUCUCGGGGCCGCACUGCGUUUGGCAACACAUCCGGCGUGGGAAACCUUUCCCUGGACAAUACAUUCGAUGCAGUUAGAAAGGAUAGCACCGGUGAAACCGCUACCACACCACCAAAAUCGCCCGCAUUGAGUGAAGAACUGAGAGCGAAAAUCGACGCCAACCGAUUGAAAGCCCUGGAACUAAGGAAGGCACGUUUGCAGGCUCUGAAGGGACAAACUGAAGGUAGACCCACAGAGCCGGGUAUUGAAGCUCCUUCCGCGGACAGUGAAGCGCGUUAA